CGCAGAGGCGCAGAGGCGGAGGCCUGGUAGCCGGGCAGGGGCGCCAUGGCGGCGGCCGAGACGAAGAUCAUCUACCACCUGGACGAGCAGGAGACGCCGUACCUGGUGAAGCUGCCGAUCCCGGCCGAGCGCGUCACCCUCGGCGACUUCAAGGGCCUCCUCAACCGCCCCAACUACAAGUUCUACUUCAAGUCCAUGGACGACGACUUCGGGGUGGUGAAAGAAGAGAUCUCUGAUGACAAUGCCAAGCUUCCCUGCUUCAACGGCCGGGUAGUGUCUUGGCUGGUGUCUGCAGAGGGUUCCCAUUCAGAUGCUGGCUCAGUCUGUGCUGAUAACCAGACAGAGCUGCCACCUUCUAUGGAACGCACAGGAGGAAUUGGAGACUCCAGGCCUCCCUCUUUCCACCCUAACACUGGGGGAAGUAGAGAAAAUUUGGACAAUGAGACAGAGACGGACUCAGUGGUGUCAUCCCAAAGGGAACGACCCCGUCGGACAGAUGGGCCUGAGCACGCACCAAGGGUGAAUGGGACUGUAAAGGGAGAACGGCGCCGAGACCUGGGCGGGUACGAGAGCUCCUCCACACUCAUGAGCAGUGAGCUGGAGACCACCAGCUUCUUCGAUUCAGAUGAAGAUGACUCCACCAGCAGGUUUAGCAGUUCGACAGAGCAAAGCAGUGCUUCUCGUCUAAUGAGGAGACACAAGCGACGCCGGCGAAAACAGAAGGCUCCACGCAUUGAGCGGUCAUCGUCCUUCAGCAGUAUCACAGACUCCACCAUGUCCCUGAACAUCAUCACAGUCACACUGAACAUGGAGAAAUACAACUUUCUGGGCAUUUCUAUUGUGGGACAAAGCAAUGUGCAUGGAGAUGGAGGCAUUUAUAUUGGCUCUAUCAUGAAGGGUGGCGCUGUGGCAGCUGAUGGCAGGAUUGAGCCAGGAGACAUGCUGUUGCAGGUAAAUGACAUCAACUUUGAGAACAUGAGCAACGAUGAUGCUGUGCGGGUGCUGAGGGAGAUUGUGCACAAGCCAGGGCCCAUCACCCUGACGGUGGCCAAGUGCUGGGACCCCAGCCCCCGUGGCUGCUUCUCGUUACCCAGGAUUGCUCCCCAGCGGAUCUGGGCUGGGCCAGACUCUCCAUGCUCCGAUCCGGGUGAGCCCAUUCGGCCCAUUGACCCGGCAGCCUGGGUGUCUCACACAGCAGCGAUGACCGGCACCUACCCAGCGUACGGUAUGAGUCCAUCCAUGAGCACAAUCACUUCCACCAGCUCCUCCAUCACCAGCUCCAUACCAGAGACCGAACGCCUCGACGACUUUCACCUGUCCAUCCACAGUGACAUGGCCACCAUUGUCAAAGCCAUGGCAUCACCAGAGUCAGGCCUGGAGGUGCGUGACCGCAUGUGGCUGAAGAUCACCAUCCCCAAUGCCUUCAUUGGUUCGGAUGUGGUGGAUUGGCUCUAUCACCAUGUGGAGGGCUUUACAGACCGUCGUGAAUCCCGCAAAUAUGCCAGCUAUCUGCUGAAGGCUGGCUAUAUCCGACAUACCGUCAACAAGAUCACCUUCUCAGAGCAGUGCUAUUACAUCUUCGGGGACCUCUGUGGAAACAUGGCUAAUCUGUCUCUUCACAAUCAUGAUGGGUCCAGCGGUGCCUCUGAUCAGGACACUUUGGCUCCACUCCCCCACCCAGGAGCCGCACCCUGGCCUAUGGCUUUCCCGUAUCAGUAUCCACCUCCUCAUCCAUACAACCCCCACCCCGGCUUCCCUGAUCCAGGAUACAGCUACGGAGGGGGCAGUGCAGGCAGCCAGCACAGUGAAGGGAGCCGAAGCAGCGGUUCCAAUCGCAGUGGCAGUGAGAGAAGGAAGGAGAGAGAGAAAACCGGGGAGUCAAAGUCAGGCGGCAGUGGGAGUGAGUCGGACCACACCACGAGGAGCAGCAUGCGGCGUGAGCGUGCUGCCAGCGAGCGCUCGGUGCCAGCCAGCCAGCACAGCCAGCGCAGCCAGCACUCACUGGCUCACAGCAUUCGCAGCCACCACAGCCAGCAGUCAUAUGGGCCGCCCGGCCUCCCCCCUCUCUUCAGCCCCCCCAUGUUGCUGAUGCCUCCACCACCUUCAGCCAUGGGGCCCCCUGGGGCACCGCCAGGCCGUGACCUGGCCUCUGUGCCCCCUGAACUGACAGCCAGUAGACAGUCCUUCCGAAUGGCUAUGGGCAACCCCAGUGAGUUCUUUGUGGAUGUAAUGUGAAGCGCCCGUCCCUUGUCCGUCUGCUGCCCUCCUUUCCCCCUUCCAUCCCCGUCGUUUGUCUCCUAGGACCAGCCCUGGCUUCACCCCUUGGUUUUUUGGUUUGGUUUUGUUUGGUUUUUCCCUUUAUUCCUUUUCGUUACCAAGAAAAGAAAAGAAAUAAAUGAACUAAACCUUGAUUCUAAUCCCACCUUGAGCGGGGUGGGCGGGCCUGGCAGGCCUGCUGGGUGCCGCAGCCCCUCCUGCCACCAGACUUGUGUAUUGCCGAUGGUAAUUCCCUCCUGCUGUCCUCCCUAACGCCAUUAAUCCGCAUCCGUCCCAGCGCCCUGUGCUGCUUGCCCGUGUGUCGCUGCUGCCUCGGUCUUCCCACCCUAAACAUCUCUUCUUUCUUUUCACCCUUUUGUGUUUCUUCUGUCAAGCAGCAAAGAAUUACGGGGUGUUUGACUUUCUCUGAGCCUGCCGCCCGUGGGGGGGAGAGCUGGAGCGUGGCAUGGCCCGACAGGACACGGAGCUGCAGGGGCGCUGGGCACGUGUGGCGCUGAAGAUGGCUUCUUUCCUCCCCCUUGCGAAGACACCCUGCCCUUCCUGCAGCCCUGUGAGGGGAGCAGGGACCAGCUUUCCACAUGCGUGUCAAAUCCCCUCGUAGUUGCCUUUCAGCUAAUGCAUGAAUGUUGCAGGGCUUCGGUGCCUUCGGGCAGUGGGGAGAUGCUGCUGCUUCCUUCUUGCCUUCCUUCUCUUGCCCACACGUUGGGGCAGGUCCAAGCCUGGCCCAGCCUCAUUGCAGGACCCUCUUUCACCUUGCUCCUGUCUUGAGGUUGUAGCUCUGCAUUCAGCCUGGAGCUGUGGUUGGUGCCUGUGCACAGUCCUGCACAACUCAGGGCCCUACACUUGCCCUUGGCUACUUGGAGUGGUUCAAGGGCAGAGUUCUGCUCCCCCUGGCCGCUCUUUGCCCUCCUGACUGUGACACGCUGCUGCCUGUCCCGUUUGUAGGGGCUGUCCAAUGCGUGGGGCUUGCAGUUACAGCUGUGGCCUUCUUCCUGCUGUUGAGCAAUGUGACAUCUUUAGGGGCCAGCAUGGACAUAGAAGAUGAGAGGGGCACAGCUGUUUUGCUGUCAUGCUUUGGGAAACAGUGAAUGUUCCCUGUAUGUACCCUCUGAAGUAUAUUAGUCUUCCUCCCCUGUUUCUCAGUACCAUGUGUGCUGUUGGCCUGGCUGUCGGGAGGGAUAAGUCUCUGGGACUGAGCUGGGAUGGCCUGGCUCGUUCCAGACUGUGAAUUGUUCCUGGUUGCAGCACAAGCUCUCCAGGGAGGGAGGCAGCAGCUUGGGCUGUACCUCUGACCUCAGGCCCUGCAGAUAUGCUGGGACACUUGAAUCCGUUUGCUCCAGUGCUCCCUCCCUUUUCUUCCUCUUCUGGGUACUCAAUAGAUAUGCCCUGGGUGGGAGCAGCCCCCUUCCCAUGUCUAGGGCCAAGCACGGUACAGUAUAGACACCCUUCACCCUGCUGGUGCUGGUGCCCGGCGCCCUCUCCUGCUGCCGCGCUGUUGCUUUCUCUGCAGGUGUUGCCUCUGUUUGUCCUUCCUGUGUGUGCGGUUUUUAGAUGCUGGAGAUUAAAUGUGUUUUACUCCUUGGGGGUCUGUGUUGUGCCCGUAACACCUCUGCCAACUCUCACGUGCCAUCAGUUCAUCUUUCUGUGACCCCUAAAGCCUGUAAUCCUACCUGGAGUUGUGCUCUACCAUCCAUCCAUCGCUGAAAUCCGGGAAAAUAACCUCUCCGUCUAGGAGGGCAGUUUAGAAAGCUGACGUUACGGUACAGAGGGGAUCACUCCGCCUAUCGUUCACACCGAGAAGGGACAGUUCACAGCUUACAUAAAUUAUUAUAUAUAUAUUUAUUCAUCAUCAUUUUUCAGAGUGCCCACCCAAUUCCCAUUACUCAUUGCAUAUGAUAAUCUGGGUAGAUAAGGCUGUGGCGCAGGUGCUUGUGAAUUCUAGGAGUGGUCUUUGGGGGCUGUUUUGAGUGAAAUACCCACACUCAUUUUACUCCUUUGUGGAAAUCCGUUAUUGAAGGGCAUUGGAAUACUUGUUUAGUCUCACCAGUUAACUGUAAGUUCGUGUUUGAGCAAAUUUGUGACCCUGAGAGGUUUCUUUAGCUGUUUUCUCUUGCAGCUGUUUACCUGUUUCUCAGGCCUUAUUGAAAGGAGGGAGGCCCACAUCCGUUUAAAGGAAGACAUCUGUUCCUCUUGUUGCUUCCUUAUCUUGAGAGUCCCUGCAGCCUUGUCCAUGAUUAUGUCUCUAUACACAACAGAACGCUUGUUUAAUUAGGUAUCAGUUCCCUCCUUUGGAAGUAUUAGCUAUGCCUCGAAUUACUUCCACAACUAUUUUUCUGUUCCCCUCUUUGCACAUCCUGUACAAACACUGACUAUUAAAAUUGUGACUAUUAUCAUAGUAGGAUAGUGAACCAUUCCUUUAGGGACCAUGCUCCAAAGGAUUGCAAAAUUUUGUUUAACCAGUUAUUUUCGAUAGAAUAUGUCACUGCCUGUUAGUCUACAGCUUUGUUGUUUGUCCGGAAGUAGGAUGCAUUUGCUGCUUCCAGUGUUUUAGUCAAAUUUUCAAAAUGCUCUAAGACUUAGAUCUAUGACUUAAGUCUAUGAGAGAUUUAAGGGAAUGAUACCCCAUGGGAUAGGUUCUCCUGCAGCAUGAAAGAUAGGUGAACAGUCUCUCUAGUUAAAUAAUGCAUUUUCCUACCCCCCUGUAGCAAUUUCAGGAUGAAGUUCUCUCUUGGUUGGCCCACUGAACAGUCCUCUGCAAAUAGAAAUUAAGGGAUCCCAGUCAGUAUCUGGUCUGCUUUAGGUAUGUUGGUCCUGUGGCUUUGGCAGCCCAUUCUGGUGUCAAUGAGGGUUCGACCCAACUGUAAUGAACCCAUGUGUCUACUCCCUGCACUUUGAUGUCAGUGUUUGUUGUCAGCAAUACCAGGUAUGGCCCCUUCUGAUUUCUUGAAGGGGUUCUUUGGUCCAAGUUUUGACAUAAAUGCAGUCUCAUGGCUGCUAUUUAUGAGCAGUAAUGUCCAAAAUCAUGGGUGCCACCAGUGCAAUAUACUUGUGGAGAGAGGACAACACCUUCUAUGGGGACGUAAUGUAUUCUGUUAGAUACUGAUCUCCAAUAAUCUGUUAAUUUACUUUCUGUGAUUUGGUGUGAUUGCCCAUAUAAUAUUUCAUAUGGCCUUAAUUUUUCUUUUGACACCAGUCUGACUCUAACUCUUAAUCAUGCCAGAGGUAACACAACUGGCCAUUUUAGAUAAGAUUCCUGGCAAAUCUUACUAAUCUGUUUCCUUAAACUCUAAUUCUUUCUACUUUUCCACUAGACUGGGUUCUCCAAGGGGUAUGCAAAUCUCACUUUAUCCCUAUUACCUUGGACAGAUUUUGUACAACUUUGGCAAUGAAAUGUGAAACGCAGUCAGAUGCCAUUGCUAUAGGUACCCCAAACCUUGGAAUUAUUUAUUUUAAUAACAUUUUUAUUACUUCCCUGACCUGAUCGGUGUGACAGGGGAAAGCCUCCAGCCAACCAGAAAACACAUCUACUAGUUCCAAUAUAUACCUGCGCCUGUUUUGCCACAGCAGCUCUGUAAAAUCUACUUGACUGUAGUAUCCCGGACUAUUGCCUUUCUUUGUUAUUCCAGGUGGCUGUCUUUUAGCAUGGUAAGAAUUGUUUCAUAAACAAAGUUCACACUUCUUUACAAGACUUUUUCUAAUUCUCACCAUUCACACACUCACAACUUGGAGUUUUAAAGCCUCGGUCAUUGAUUCUGUUCCCCAGUGAGUUGCCUGGUGUUUUUCCUCAGCUGUUUUUCUUGUAUGAGGCUGAGGAAUUAUUACUAGCCUGUUUGGUAUAACUCACCAUCCUUCAUUGUUCUUCUUGGCUUCUAAUAGACUUGCCAGUUUCUCAUCCUCUGGUAUCUUGGAACUUCAUUAUGCAAGCACUGAUACUUAUGAGGCAAUAUUAAUCAACGGUCCCUGCUGGCAGCUUCUUUGCCUGUUUUGUCAGCAAGGCAGUUGCCAUUAUUCACUGGAGUAUUACCUAAUUGAUAUGCCUUGCAACGCAUUAUUGUGCCUUUCUGGGGUAGCUGGACUUAUUUUAGCAAAUCCUAUAUUAUUUGUCCAUAUUAUAGGGAACCACUGAGAAAUUAACAAUCCCCUUUCCUUCCAUAUGGCCCAAUGGGCAUGAACAAAGAGCAAAUUUUGACUCUGUCUACAUGUGAAUGGUUUUACCUUUUGACAGUUCCAGAGCUCUCAGUAGUGUGAUCAGCUUGGCUUUCUGCACUGAUGUGUUGGGGACCAGGGCUUUGCCCUCUGUGACCUCAUGUUGGGUUACCACAGCAUAUCCUGCUUUCUGAUUUCCAUUUUUCACGAAGCUGCUACUACCCACAAACAGCUCCCAGUCCAUGUUCUCUGGAGGGGGGGAGGUAUCUUGUAGGUUGGUUUUAGUGGAAUAUACCUGCACUCAAUAGUCUGUAAACCGUUGUGAGCUCUCCUGCUUCUGGAUCGGUUGUCAAAAACACUGCUGGGUUCAAGAGGCUAGUUACUUUCAAUUCUGCAUCCUUCUGUUCCAAAAGCACGGCCUGCUUGGGGAAAGCCAAUGUCUGCUUUUCUGUUCCAGGACGGUUGUUACCAUGUGAGGUACAAAUACAGUCAAUUUUUGUCCCAAAGUACUCAAUAAAAUUUUCUAUUAAAGGC